AUGCGCCGGCACUUCGCGCAGUUCGACGACGAGCUCCAGGACAGCGACCAGACCAUCGCGACGCCCGCGCGGCAUCUGCGGCCCCACGCGCGUCUCCCCACGCUCGCGGACGCCAGCGAUAGCAGCAGCAAUGGACGCGCGCGUCCUACGCGCCGUCGGUUCCCGGCCUCCGCCUUCUUCUCGGACACCACCGACGACGAUAUGUCGAGGCCCAUGGCAAGGACCUCGGGCCGCUCGCAGCUCUCCAUGAGCGCGUGCAGUCGCUCCAACCAGCCGCAGACCAGCAGAGCGCCGUUGCACAUGAGCGCGGGCCCUAGGGAAGGCAGGCGACGCAGUGAGAGAGCGGCGCAGACCCCGAGACUCCAUGUGGACGCCAUCCAGUUCCCUGCGACGCGGUCGGUGUUGUGGUAA